UUUUUAUCGUUUCAUUAUAAUUAUUGGAAUUUCGGUAAAUUUAAAAAUAUUUUGGCUCGUUUCCGGCUGGCAGUUAAAUAUUGGAUUUUCUUCUUUAUAAAGCUGAGCUUCGUUGGGGAGGGCUUCGUAGGGUUGGAAGCGCUCUGCUAAAUAAGAGAUAGCGCUCUGAUAAACUAACUGAUAUAGAUUCUGUGCUACAUAUUAUAGCUUUUUAUGAAGCAAAUAAAAAUUAAUGUACUACUAUAAUAAUGGCACAGUCAGUUUGUUUGAUCCACUUGCCCCCCUUUUUGACUACUUUCCUUCUGGUUAUUCGAUUGGAAUAAUUGAUUUCAUUGUUUUUUAUACUGCUUUUCAACAAGAUGUUUUAUAUACUUCGAUUUGUUUAAAUAGAUUUACAGCUGUAUGGGAACCUUUUAAACAACAAACCCGUUGGAAGAAAUGGUGGAUUUGGCAUGUUUUAUUUGCGCAUAUUGUACCCUUACCAUUAACAAUUCAUAUACUGUUUUCAAGAGGAUUGUAUGUACCUUUAGAUAGAUACAAUCCUGGAAUUGAAAAAGUACCAAUUUUGUUGUAUUAUAAUCUGUGGGAAUUAGACAUUAAUAUAAUAACGAUAAUAUUAAAUUCUGUUUGCUUAAUUAUUUGUUUUUGUUUAAAUUUGGCAACUUUUAUUAAAGUCAAAAAAAUUAAAAAGCAAAAUCCAAUUACUAUAGUUGGGAAUGUUAAAAAUAAAAAUAAUAAUACAAAUGGGGGGAUUUCUAAACCAGAAAUAAAUCUUAUAAUUAUGACUGCUGUAAUGACUGCAAUGCUUACAACAUCUCUACUAUAUCAGUUGUUAUACUACCUAUUAAAAGAUGGAAAACCCUUAGCAAUUUUACUUGGAAAUUACCAAAAUAUUGAUAUGGUAUUUGAGCUACUUUGGAAUCAGCUUCCAUGGGUGAAUGAUUUAAGAGCUUUAUCACAUCCAUGGCUACUUGUUGCACUUUGUGAGGAUGUCCGUCAAAAGAGUGUUGGGGGAUUGUUGCGAUUCAGCAAGACAUGGAAAACUAAAGUUGAGCCGAUACAAUCAGUAAAUGUUAAGACUGUUUAA